AACUUCCCAGGCACUGUCUGCCCCUCAAGCCAGGGAAGGGCUGCAGUGGGGUUUAGGGAACAGGUGGCAAGGAAGAGUCUGUGGACCCCUGGCUGGCCCUGGAAACCCCUCCCUUACUAACAACCCUGGCCUUGGGGGCCUGGGGAAGACCAGAGGUGUGGGUAGUUCAGACAAGGGGAGAUGGUCCACCCAGAGUAGGAGUCCAGCUCAGACUGAGGCAGUAGAGUGGUCCAGCCCAGUGUUGGGUUAAGCUCAGAAUGGAUGUUGGUUCAAUUCAGCGGUGGAGUCCAGGUCUUAAUGGAUGAUGGUUGAGUACAGAAUGGGGGUCCAUCUGACUGGGGGUGAUCCAGUCCACAAUAGGGAUCUAGUUCAAAAUAGGAGUUGGUCAAGUCCAUUGUCGGGGUCUAGCCCAGAGCAGGGGAUCCAAGCUAGAUUAGAGGAAUCAGCCAGCCCAAAGUAAGGGCCCCAGCCCAGGCUGGGCAUCCUUGUCCCAGAAUUCCCAGGACAAACAGGUUUCAGAGGGCAAAGUGUGCUGAGAUUGCUAUCUGCUGAGGGGGGUCUGCGGCUGGGCUUCCUCCUCAUGCUGUGGCCCUGGCUUUUUGAAGGGUGUCUGGGGUUCUGUCUGUUAGCCCAAAUCGAAUCCAGACCAGAGUGGAGGCUGGCAGCCACCCCCCAUCCCCCAUAGGAGACAUAGCAGUGGGGUGGUUUCAUAAGCCAGGAGCUGGCUGGGUUUCCCUUCUCUGCCACUUCCUGUUGUCAGCAGGGGCCAGGGGUGCUGGGCACUUUCAGGGAAGCUGCCACUGACCCUCCACUUUUUUGGGGAUCUGGAAAGAAGGAGGAAGAUGGUCAAGGCUGCCUCCCCCUCCCCCACCCCUAGGUUUAGCCUUUCGUUUCCGGUUGGACUUUCGUGGCUGAAAGCAGAGCCAAGCUCAGGGCAAGGUUUGACAGAGGCCAAGGACAUCCUGCGAUAUCGGUCCCCUCUCUGCCCCUACAUAGAAGCAGGACGAAUCCAGAUGUACCCACUUUUCUCUUGGGGUACCAGGAUCUGGAGGCUCCAGGUUCAAAAAGGACUUGGGGAAGGAGUUAGGGUAGCCCUUGGCCAUUCCCCCUCCACUCCCCACCCCCCCACCUUUCUCUCCAGCGGCUCUUUCAGCUAAUUAACGGGGCUCUGGGGCCUCUUUGGCCCCCAGGGAGCCCCUUGCUGCUGCCUGGGCCUGAACCUUAACUCCUUCCCCUCUGCCCAGUGGGCACUGCCCUGGGCACAUCCGGUGCCAUCCUCUGGGUAGUUCAGCACCCACUGAGGAAGUCAGGACCUGGCAUCUUGGGAGCAGUGAAGCCUCUGGAACAGGAAGUUAGCUUUAGCACUCCACCCCUGGGGCAGCCAGGCCAGCCAGAAGGGACACCCUCAGGAGAAUCUUCCCACUGCCUUCUGCCAAGGAGGGCCUUUGCAAACCUUGGCCGGCCAGGAGCAGGUACCUUUAAAUGCUUCCCUGGCAACCAGCUCCUCCUCCCCGGUCCCCCGAGGCCCUCCAGAGGAAGCCAGCUUAGAGGCUCUGCGUAUUCCUGGUUUCCCUGCAGAGGGAAGAUUCCAGGGAGAGCCUAGGGCAGCCUGGGAUGGAUACGGGGUCAGGCAGUGGCCAGGGCAGUGACUCCGAGACGACCUUCCAGCUGUGGCUACAGCUGCUCCUCUGGGCCCACCUGACUGUCCGUUUCCUGGGCUACCUGCACCACGCCUUCUGGGCACCUAAGGCGCGGCCAGCACCCUGA